AUGCCCGGGGUGUCCCCAGCCCUGUGUCCUUGUCCCCAUCCCCAGCACUCGGUGCUGUCCCGCAAGUUCGUUGACGUCAUGACCAAGUACAACGAGGCGCAGGUCGACUUCCGGGAGCGCAGCAAGGGUCGCAUCCAGCGCCAGCUCGAGAUCAGUGGUGGGCUGCUGGAUAACGUGGAGCAGUACGUGAUGCAUACGGCCGAGCACGUGGAGCUGGCCAACCAGCAGACCAAAAAGGCGCUCCAGUACCAGGGCCAGGCGCGCAAGGGAGCCAUGAUCGACCGCAUAGAGAACAAUAUGGACCAGUCCGUCGGCUUCGUGGAGCGGGCCGUGGCUGACACCAAAAAGGCCGUGAAGUACCAAAGUGAGGCCAGGAGGAAGAUGCUGAUUUUGGCGGUGGUAGUGGUGCUCUUGCUGGGGAUAGUCGCCCUCAUCAUCGGCCUUUCCGUGGGGCUAAAGUAGACCCCAAGGCGGGGGCUGUGGUCUAUGCUUCCGACCGUGCCAGUGGUGACAUCUCCCUGUGGCUCCCUCCCUGGCACCUUGGCCCGAGCCCCCUCCUCUCCCUGCUUCUCCUGGACCUGCUGCCCUCAGCCCCCGCAUACCAGCUCCUGCUCGGCUUUCCUCCACGGAGGGGUCCCAUCACCGAAGUGCCUUCCCCGCCGGACUGUCCCCCACUGUCCCCCCCAGUCCCUGGGGUCUGCCCCUCUUGUCCGUGUGUCCCCCACAGGAAGGGGAUAGGACUCCAUUAUUUAUUUUCCCUCUGAUGAGAAAUCAACUUCUCCUGGUCUCCCAUCUCUUGCUCGGGGCAGGCGAGGGCCGGACCCUCACCCGCACGGGCACCCCGGGAGGACGGAGGGGGAUACGGUCAGGACAGGGGGUUUGGUGGCACCAGCAGCUGCUGGUGGGUCUGGCCGUGCUUUGCUGUCCCCCACACCAC